UGAACUAGACAGUCUGAAAGAAAGAUACGCUUACUUAGAAAAAGCUUUAAAUGAAGCAGAAAAUUACAAAAUUUUGUACCUCGCCAUGUUAGAAAAACAGACUGGAAAUGACAGCGACGAAAAGUGAACUUGACGUAGAUGGAGACACACAACACUAUACACUUCACCAUGUUACUUUAAAGAGAUACUCUCAAAUUUGUGUUUAUUAUUUAUGCUGUUUUAGUUUAACUAUGAAAACUUCUUGUAAUUUUCUUUAAGGAUCUGUGUUAGUUUAUACUGGAACAUUUUUCAAGUUGAUGAAUUUUAAGGAACCAACAAUUUCUUCUGUAAAAUUAAUUAUUUCAUUCUACUAGGUAAAACAGACUUGAAUCUCAAAGAGUAUUUCAAUAGCAAUUUUAAAAAUAACAGAGUAUGGUUUACUACAAAUAUUUCAAAGAAAUAUAUUGAAAAAUUUGUGGACAGAGUAAAACAGAAACUCCUUGUUUGAACUAGACCAGAAAAUAUUUUGUAAUGGAAAUGCUAUGAUAUUUGUUAAUAUUUUGCUACCAUUUUAACUGUUAACUAAAGUUUGUACAUAUGUUUUUCAUAAAGCCAAAUGUUUAUUCAGUGUGUUACUUGUGGAUCUCUGCAUAAAUUAAGAAAGAUGAAAGUCACUGUUUACCUGUCUGUCAUAAAGCGAUUAAUAUUGUAUGGGCAGAGCUGUACAUAUUUUGUGUAUAAAACUGAAUGGUACACAGUAUAUUUGAAAAUGAAAAGAAAAAAAUAUGCAUUAAGCAAGUGGUCAGAUUAACCAUAAGUCUUUGAGUAGCAACAUUCAGUGGAAAGUUAAACUGAUAUUUCUUUGGAUCUAAAACAAUUUGAAAUAAACUAGAGCUACAUGUAAACAAGAGCUAUUAAAACUAAACACAUUUUCCAAACAAUUUUGGAUGGAUACUCGGGGCUUGCAUUGGAAUUUAUAAUCUUCUUAAGAAGCUUUUUUGAACUUACAUCAUUAGGUCAAGUAAUUUUCAGGCAUCUUCUGUUUGUUUUCAAUUAAUUAAUGAUAUAUGGACCUGUUGUAAAUCAUUUUUAACAUUUCUGAUAUAACCUUGCAUUGACCAAGCCUUUUUAUCAGUCCUUCGUGAUUUCUUGCCAUUCUUUAGACAUAGAUCUAGAAGCCAGUUGUUGACUUUUUUAAUCAAUUUGAACUUUUCACAAGAAUACAAAUAUUUGAACAGAUUUGGAAGGUGACAUGUGGGAAGCAACUUUUAGGACUUUACUAAAGUGUUUUAACAGUGUUUCAAGGACUUUUUGAGUUGACUUAAGUGUGCCUAAUUUGGUUAUAUCCCAUUUCAUUCAUGUUAUCAAACAGAAUGCAGGCAGAUAUUAUCAAGUAUGGGGACAGCUCGGUUUUCUAUUUCUACCAUGUUUUCUAUAACUUGUUAGUACAUUUAUCAUCAAAGAAUUAACAAGUUUCAACCAAGCUGUUGGCAAUAUUUCACACACAUAACAACUAGCAAGUCUAUUUCAAUUGAUGAUUAAUCAAGAUAUAGACGUUACAGGUAAGACAAUUCAUAUGAGUCCAUACAGGAAAGACAUUGCAGUAAGAGACAUUUAAUUUUGUCUUACCCAUAAUGUAUAUGUUACAUUAAUUUUUGCCAUACGGAUUGUCUAAACUGGAAUUAUCUUGAUUAGUUGUCAACUUAAAUAGAAGAAAUGUGGAAAUAUUACUAACAAGAUGUUUUCUUUUGUUGCUGUAUCAGUUAUCUGUUUUAUCAUUAAGCUGCUUUUCAAAAUCAAAUCUUAAUUUAUAAUGAGAAAGAUUGCUGUCAUUUUUUUGGGCUCAUACAGUUUCUUCUGCAAGUAAGUCAAAUUAUGCCAAUUUUCUUCAAUACUAAAACAGUGAUCAUUUUCAUCAUGCAGAGGAGAAGAGAAAGCAGUAACAUUUUCUAUCAUUCUAUUCUAAGUAUCUAUAAAACUUUUAUGAAAAUGUUUUUUCACAUGUUUUAUCAUAUCUAAAAUCAUUUGGAUUUUCAGUACCUUCUCAGAAGCCUAAGGAUAAAAUGGAAACUGUAGUUCACAAUGCCUUUUUCGUGCAACAGACUUUUAAACCACUCUUCUCAUAAAAGGAUAUGGUAUGUUUCAAUUUUGAGUACAAUAAGUCAAAGAUAUUUUUUCACCUCGCAAUUUCAAGACCAGUUGAAAAUAUCUUCCAUUUCGAAUUUAAUUAGAUAAAAUUGCAGUUUCGUUGAAAGGAGAAAGGACCUUAAGGAGAAACGUCACGUGUUUUUAAAUUGCUGAAGACGAAAGACAAAAUGACAGGUCGCCUGCCAAUUUUUCUGAAAGGCACCUGCCUGCGCCAAACAUCAUCUUCACGUCGGAAUCUAAAAGAAAUUGAAAAACAUCUGGUGCUGAAGAAUGUCUCUGGAAAGAGAUAUUUUUGGUAACUACUGGAAACAUUUGUUAACUCUACUGGUUAUAACCUCAUUUUUCACGAUUUUGACGGUAUGGCAAAGAGUGCAAUUGGAUGAAUGCACGGAGGAGAACGAUGGUCUCGUGCUCCACCGCGAUGGCUGUUCCAUCGUGGUGUGUAUUAAAGGAAAACAGCAUUUCUUCGAAAUUGAUCACAGGAAGACAAACUGCCAGUUAGAUUUGCCGCGUCCUUGUCCGUUCAAAGGAGAAAUUUAUAUGCCCGGGCAAAUUAUCCAACAGAUGAAAAACCAAUUUCUGAUAUGCAAUUCUGGACAAAAAUUAAAAAGUGUUCAUAUUUUGAAAGAAAUUAAAGAGCACGAAAUCAUAGCUACUAACUGAUUUCGGACGACUCUCACAACGAGAUAUUCCACAGUUUCUAGAGGAAACAGCAAAAACCGCGAAAUUAUUUGGUCAAAAGGCAAUAAAGUAUCUAAUCCCAAAUACUCAAAAAUCUGGAAUAGCCGUAUUAAAGCCGUUUUUGAGAAAACGCAGCACCAAGCGAUCUGCUCUGCCACAUAAACAGUCCGCCAUUUACCCUAUGCCAGCUAACAACUUAUACAAUGCGAAUGUAAGAUCAGUCAUUGGUUAUCCUGUAGCCAAUGGAAAUAAUUACGCAAAUUCUUACAACUGGAACAUGAAUCAGUAUAAUAACGGGAAUACAGCUUUCCAGCGGUCCGUUAUCCCAGGUUUUACGCCUCAACAAUACCAACAGUGGUCACAAUAUCCUAGCAUCAAUAAUGAGAAGAGGACAUUAGAUGACAAAAAGGAUAAGGUCAGAAGCGAGGCUGAUACAAAAGCGAGUCUGAAGGAUUUUCAUGACUUGGUGACGGGCGUCGACUCAGCCUUGUUGUCGUACACAGAUCAAGGUGUGGCUCUGAAUGAAAAGCUAAAGGGGCCAAACGCUGGUUCUAAGAAAAGGGAGAAGAUAGAAGACGCAAAAAAGCGAUCCAAAUCACCAAAAAAGUCAGCGGAAGACGAGUUGAAGAAGAUAACGGAGACAUUUACGGAUUUUAUUUGCGGAGAUUCUUGCUAAUAAGCGUGCUAAAAAGCCAAAAUUGGAGUAAUUGAAGAGAGAAGAAAGACUAGCUAUCGAUUGUCGUUGCCAUAUUCUAUAAGAGCUUUUCUCUUCAAUAACUCGUUUGUGUAAAGUCACGAUGUAAAACUUUAACAAGGAGUGCGCAUGCUUCCCCAGUUGCCAUGUGUGUCUUUCAUCGUCACCUGCAUCCUUUCCUUCGGGGGUAUUUGCGCCAUCUCCAGUGGGGGUAUAGGCAGAAUGCUGUUUAGGUGUGCACACCUUGUCCGCAUAUACAUUCAGUAGCUUCUUCCCUUUGGAAGGCUCCAUAUACCUUAUAUUCCGUUAAAAUACUAAUGUUAAUAGUUAAACGUCUUAAUUUAUGUACAUUUAAAAACCAAACAUUACGAUUCUUGCUGCUAACCCAGUAUUUUAUUUUAUAUCAAAAACCAAAAUAUUUGCAUAUGUUCAAAAUAACGUUGAUUAAUCGAACUUCUAUCAUUUUCUUGAAAAUAUUUUGAAGAUAAACAUAAUGAUUGUUCAAAGUACACACUUUAAUAAUAUAUUAUUCAAUUUUGUAAGUGUAGUUUAAAUUGUACUUAAAUGCAUACUUCUGCACAUGUUUUGUAUUUCUAUCUAAAUUUGAUCGUCCACUCCAGAACAGAGGGCGUCUUUGUUCUCCUACUUUUAGAAUUCUUCAUCCUAAAAAUCAUGACGAAAUAUUUGUUUCAUUACAACACAGAUAUCUUCUUCUUACAACAGUAGACACAUUACUGUACUAUGAGAUAAUUAUGUAUUUUUCUUCAAAAAAAUUAGAUCUAUUCUUUAGUGACCUUGCCAAACAUGAUUCUAGUACUUGAAACAAAGUUUAAGUAAAUUCUAGGAAGUGAUGCAAAAUGCUUGAAUGCCCGGUAUUAAAACCGAAACAUAGGAUCUGUUCUCAUCCAGCCACGCCAAUGUUGAAUGUGGGAUCCAUUGAAAUCAAAUAUCGCUGCAGCAACAGAAAAGCAAAUUAAAACCUCUGUAAUACUGAAAUUUUAUGCCAUUAAAAAUAUAAAACAGUUUCGUUUUCAGGCUAUCGCCGAAACUUAGGUAAAUACGUUGAGAGAAUACGUUCAACGGUAGGAUUUUAGUAUUUGUCUGGAUUUAAAAAAGGUUUCUUGUGACGUUUGCCUUCCCUUCGAGUGCCGUAUCAUUUUCAGGUAAACCUUCUCAAGUGGUCUUCGAAAGGAAGAAUGUUGGGGAACCCAGACCACCCUCACCAUGGGAGUUCCCAAGGGUGAUUCAGUAGCCACUUGUGGGCCAACUCCUUAUUACGUUUGCUAUUAAAAUAAGUAACGGUUUCAGCCAAUUUGAAGUACGAUGCAAAUAAGAACUCAUUGCACAACCUAGCUUAGCUGAGCAGCGACUGGUGUUUCAUAACGAACCAAUGGUCAACAUAAGUUUGAACCAACAGAGCGUGGGCGAUUUGAAGACGCAGCGAAAGACAGGCAUUGAAAAUCAACUGAGUAAAACCGCCAUAACUGUAUUAGAAACGAAAAUGGUUGCUUGUUAAAAGCCUAAGUUCCUUCUUGAUAUCGUCAAAUCUUUUAACUGCUAUUAUUAUAUUGAUGUCAUUGGAGAUACAUUUGUUACCAUGAAUUUUUCAGAUAAGCUGGAUUGAAAUGUAGCCUUCAAACCUAACCAGUAUGGGUCGCAAUAUGGAUGCUGCUUUUACAAAUUUGUAUUUUGUGCUGCUGUCUUCAGUUGUCGCUUUUCAAGUGAUCUUUUCGAAUGCUGUAGCCGGAGGCAGUCUACAGAAAGAGAGUUUCCAAGCCAGACAGAGACGAGGCUUAAUCAAGAUGUCAGAUUUACUGCUACAAUUAGAUAGAAAAAAAAUCGACAAAAGAACUGCUGAUGUUCAGCUAACAAAAUCCGUUUCGUCUUCAAACAAUAGUGUUUCUUUUGAUAAGACAACUACCGUUAACAAGAAAACAAAAAGUAGAAAGACUACUAAAAAAGUCAAUCUUAGUUCUAUAAAUGGAAAGACCAACUCAAUGACAGGCGGAGAAGUAAUUGCAAAGCAUCGAGUUAAUAAAAUGAGAAAAAAGAAGAAAUUAAGAACUAAUAAAUCUAUAAAAAUUGAUAAGAGCCAAUACAAUGCAAAGAAUGAUAAUUUGUCUGAAAGAAGGAGAAACAUUAAUGUUUCAAGUUUGCAAAUGGAACAAAAAUCGAAAUUAAAAGAAACCAAAUUGAAAAAUCAUCAUGCACACAGGACAAAGAAUAAAAACAAAUUGUUAAAAGCAAGAAACGAUUUGGCAAAUGAUUCAAAUAGAAGACGAACCAAGUCAAGGAAAAGUAAACACAGAUUCGUUAGUAGAGGGUCUGAAAUGGCUUUCAGGCAGCCUACUAGAAUACCUUUUAGAAAUUACCACCUUGUCCGAAUUCCACUUUUUAGUCUUGCCUCUCCGUAUAACGGAAGAAUUCCGGAUUAUACUAGAAGUGGACGCAGUAGGGUGUAUUAUGGAGAUGUUGCAUAUGAUCCAGAAAAUGAUUAUGAUGAUUAUUAUGCUCAAGAGAGAAAAGACGUGAUACCAAAACCUGAAUUUGCCACCGUGGCAGUGCGUGGUGCCAAGAAAGAUACGUUUUUUCCAGAAAAAGGUUUCAAACAAACUGCUUAUUCGCCAAUUGUAUCAGCUGUGCAAAAUUUGGAUCAGAGUGAGGCUAACUUGUUUGACUCACUUCUUUCAACUGGCCACGAAACUACUAGGUUGAAUGAUAAUAUUGGCAGCGAGCUCGCUUCUUUUGCGGGUUCCCCGAGUGAUCUCGAGGUUUACACGCCAACGGACACUCCAGGAGAGCUUUAUUUUGAAAAAGAUGCCAGUGUCGGUAACCCUACAGAUGAAAUGCAAUAUUUAAAUCACAGGACAACCAGCAAGCCUUCUGUUGGACGAACUACUUCAAAUGGCUUGGCUGAUAAUGAGGAGAAGUUAUUGUCAAUAGUAGAGAAAGUAAUUGAAAAACAGCAAAAGAAAAACAAAGCGAAAUCCAGCACUGAGUUUGAGAAGGUGAAGCCCCAGAGUACGGUGAUGAUAGGCGAUACCAGCGAGGUGUUUAAUACCGGUCAUUCGGAUCAUGAAAAGGCAGAAAAGGAAAAUAAAGACAAGCUGCAAGAUUUUCUCAGUCGACAACCAAAAUUUGACAAGAAGAUGAAAUCAUCCAAAACAACAAAGCAUGCAUCAAAAACGCCAGGAAAAGUAGUGAUAACCAAACAAAAGGCGAAAAUGCGAGCAGCCAAAGGCAAGGGUAGGAAAGUUAUUUCUGAAAAGAAAAAUCAGAAGCUUCAGAAGUCAUUUCCAUUUGAGAAGCUCAAGCCGCCAGGUAAUGGACACUAUGUUAUUGUAGAAAAUGUUUCUCCUGCAAAUGAUAACCUGCUUAUGGAGUCAAUGAAACAGGUUGACCAAGAAGAGGACAGUUCAAAUGAAAAGACGUCUACAAAUAAAGCAAAAUUGCACGAAACCGAAUUGCAAAUAGACACUCAAGGAAGUAGGAAAACAAUCACGAGUGGGUUUUCUAAGAAUGGUGUUGGAAAUAUGCCACAUAUGAUCAAAGAGAUCAUAAAAGAAAAUGUUCCCAAACGUGUAGAAUAUAACCAUAGUGCUAGUUUCAGCAGGGAAAGCGAAAGGCAGGCUGGAUACGAAGUCUUACCAUCGUCAGCUACAGACUCAAAGGCAGGCAGGUGGUUGACAAUAAAUGAAGACAGCGCAAAAGUUGUUUCUGAGCGCAACCCCAACGACUUUACUGUUGGCGGUGACAGUUCUGAGCCGGCAGCUUACAAGGAAAUGGCCGGUAAUAAAAGAGACGAGGACGCAAAGGAGAACAAAACAGCUGCUUCAAGCGAUUCAGAAAGCCCGAGCGAAAAACCAGCCAAUACCUCAAACGCUGAUGAGGCGAGCCCAGCAGAGGAACCAAAGGUUGCUGAUGAUGCGAAAAACCAGACUAGGACUGAGUCUGGUGGAGAUGAGAAGACACCAAAAGCCGGACCAUCGGAGCCUGCAAAAUUGUCGAAUCAACAAACUGGUGAAGAUUUUGCGGAUUGGUUUAAUGAUGAAACACCGGAGUCGCAGAAACCGCCUCCGGUUGCCACUCCGCCAGAGGCCGGCUCAGUCACUCCUCCUUUACCCAAAAAUCAGACAACUGGCUGGCGCAUACGGGACUAUUUUCUUGAUGACCAAAAUGCUUCAAAUUGGGAUCAGAUUCGGACUGCAUGGACUAACAAGAACGGAACACCCUUUGUGUUUAAUAAUAGGAUACAGGUGAAUCCAAGUGGAAAUAAACCAGUUACGCUUCCGCCUAUCCAGUUCGGAACCGGCGUUACCAUGCCAACUUUGCCCACCAUGGCCGCGCCAACUGGCGUUCCAAUGCAUGGCUUCCCAAACGAUGACGAUGAAGAGGAUGAAGAUGACGAUGAAGUUCCAAAACAAAUGAAAAUGCAACAGCAACAACAACAACCUCUAAUGCAGCAACAACCAAACCCAGCUACCACCCCCUCUUUCGGCCUUCAAUUCCCAUGGCAGUGGCACAACAGGAGACCAAAAGAAGGACGCUAUCAUGGAACCAAUCUCCACUUCCAUGGCAGACCAACUGUCCAGACAUUGGUGGUGACGACGAAGAAACCAACCACGGCAGUACAACAGUUCAUUGUCACUAGGCCAACGGUGACAACUUCCAAUCAAGGAGAAGCAGACAGUGCUAAAGAUGUCAACAAUACAACAAAUGCCGAGGAGCAACAGAAUGAAGCUGCACAGGAGCAGAUGAAAGAGAAAACAGAGAAAGAAAGUCAGGAGCAAGGAAGUCAACCACAAGAGGUUAAAGGUCAAGAAGAGAGCAAAGGUCAGACUACCGUUGACAACGAGAAUGAACAGGGCAUUAAAGGUGACAAAGGUCACGAGAUGGAUGAAAAAGAGGCCCUUUCAAAAGAAACAGAUGAAAAUAGUAAGGAUAGUUUAGGCAAAAUUGCCACGCAGGAUCAAGGUAGUUCUAAUGAGAGCACCACCACGAUGCCUGAUGGAAACGCUCCAAAAAAGAGUGAAGAUAAAGAGAGCAGUCAUCGAGUAGCAGAAGGAAGGUGGAGCGAAGGUACUAAAUUUGAUGGCGUUUUGAAUGAAUCUAUGACUCAUAGUAAUACGACCGUGCGGCAACUGGAUACAUUGAAGGCCUAUAGUCGAACCGGCUACAAUGAAGGAAGUCAGUUUGGAAAUGUGACGUCAUUCACAAAGCCACCAGAAGGUUUGCCAAUGCUAAGCGAGCCUACAACUAAGAGUGUGCAAAAUUUCUUGCCAGGAUUAAAACCCCCGUCAACAACAUAUCAAAACUUACAGAAUGAUAAAAAUUAUUUAGAGUUCCCACCUUGGAGCGGGGGCUACAUCAAGGAACUAAGAAAAUCCUUUCCAAAUGCAGGUACUAGGGUUAAUAAAGUUGACGCUAAUGUUAAAGGCUCUGCACCUGCAUACGAGUUAGAUAAAAAUGUGGAUGCGCAGCUGAACAAAAUUCUUGUUGAAGAGAGUACAAAAAAGCUUCCAUCAGAUGAGAGCGUGAAACAAGAGGAAAAGCUUCCUGGAGCUGAAACAGCAGAGGAAGAAUCCCAAGACUCGUUUUCAUUUGAGAGCAAGCUCCUGCAGAAAGAAGAAAGUGAAAAGGCAGAAAACCGCGCAAAAGUCAGCGACACUCCGAUUAAUAUGCAGGCUGAGUCGAUCAAUUUGAUUCGCCAGAGAGCAAGUGCUUCGCAGAAGGCUGAACAGCGGCAGCAGGUCUUCGCUGGCAAUGGUACUAAUAUCGCCUACGCAGGGGAUGUAGCUGCAACAGGAAAUGAUAUGCAGCAACAAAUCCGCCUGCCCGACUAUCAUACCGAAGCAACUGGAGUUAAAGAACAGAAAAGUCCGUUUAUGAUCACCCAGGGCGGUAGUAGCCAAGGCAACAGCUUAAGUGGAUCUGCAGCCUCGCAGCCAUCACCGGGAUCAGGAAAGACCCCGAGAAUCAACCAACCAAGACCAAGCCCCACGGCAAGCCCAAAGACAACCGUUGCAACUCCCAGGAAAACACCAUUUGUGAGUGAAGAAAUACACCAUCCUACACCAAAGCCACUUUUUCCUUUUAACAUUUUAUCAAAAACGCUUUCGAAAGCAACAGUCGGCAUGAACAAAGACUCCGGAACAGAGAAGACAGGGCGCAAUGACAUGAAACCGCCAACGGCCACGCAAAACGUCUCAUACUCUCCGCCUACCGUAUCUAACUUCUCAUCCUUGCAGCAAAACGAAGAGGUCCGGUAUCAAAGUGGAGAGACUAAGACAGAAAGUACCACAACACCAAGCUCAAUUGGAUACAAAACAACAGACUGGGCCAAGGCGUUUACAACGACUGAGCGGACUGGAAAUUAUUUGCCAGAAUUGCAGUCCUCAGCUGGUAACAAAGGUAAUGAAGCGGCCAACCAGCCCCAAAGCUCUACGCAGCAUAACAACACACCGAUUACAGUGGUAGAAGGAAAGUAUCAAACAGAUACAGCAACAAUGCGAACAACUCCUGGUACGGCUCAAAGGCCUCUUAUCGUAGGGCCGUCGGCUGCAACCGCGUAUUCUUACCAAAAUGCUUAUCCAAGCGGGAUACCGUCAUAUGCUCCUCAACCGCCAAUUGUACAAGCGAAUCCGUACGCUCCUUCUGGGAAUACUGCUGGCUGGAAUGUUCCAGGUACACAGAAUGCCGAAGCGAAAGCUGCUGAUUCUUUAUCGGAUGCCUAUUUGUCUAAAUUUGGUGACCAGCUUAACAUGGAGGACCUGUAUUGGACAGAUUCUACUGAAGAAAAAGAACAAAUCUGCAAGCAACAGAAAGGAACAAACGAAGUCGUGCAUUUUCUGUGUUUUGGUGACAGCCUUACACGAGGUUACUACAAUAAAGGAAAAAGCCACCACCCUUAUACAAACAAACUACAGUUCCUUUUGAACAAGCUGGACACGAAGAAAUGCUACAUUGUUGAUAAUGAAGGGAAAGAUGGAGAACUAGCUUAUGAAGAGAUGCCAAAACGGCUGGAGUCCAUACUAAAAGAUGGAGGUACAAAUUAUGAGUGGAUAGUAAUCCUCGGUGGCACAAAUGACAUUUAUAACAAAAAGAAAAGCAAGAAGGCAUCGGAACAAGAAAUAACUCAAAACAUUAUAUCAAUGCAUGAAAUUGCACGACAACACAAGUCAAAAUCAGUGGCUGUUACAAUACCUGAAGUAUAUUGUGAGACACUGGACACUUGUCAAGAUGCAAAACAGUUAAGAGAACGAGUGAAUGGCAAUAUCCGUAGUUAUGCGUACCAGAAUCACGACAGAGUUGUAUUGGUUGACCUGGCCGAUAUGCUGCAGAGGUCCAACGUCGGGAGAGACAUGAUGGGACAGUUUUUCGAAGGAGGACUCCAUUUAAAGCCCCGCGGAUAUGAGAGAAUGGCGAUUAUCAUUUUUGAGGGUCUCAAAAGGGCACUGAGCUAAAAUACAAAGGCCAAAGUGAGGUCAAGUUGAAAGUUCAAAGGUAAAAUAUAUCAAGUGAAAUGCCAACAAAUGAGGCAUUUUGGUAUGAAAACUUCAGGAUGUGCAGAUUUGAUUUGCUGAGUCACGUCGUAAAUUUGAACGAAUCUCGUCGCAUUGAAAACAUGAAUGAAAUAUAAUUUGCUACCCUGAAACAAUAUCUUUGAGUAAAUGGAGGUUGUAAAACUUGGCAAAGUUGAAAAAGUUAUAUCGAGAAACUUUCUCUAAGAAAACACCUUCAAAUGACACUUAAAUUUCUGCUGACGAAAGCUAAACUUAAGCACGAGGUCAUAUCAACAAAAUUGAAGAUUCGAGAUAGAGAUUCAAGAAGAAUUAACUUCUAUUCAUGAAAAAGACUAAAUUCUCUGAAUCCUAAGAACGUAUAAACGUAAUGAAUAUAUGAAAAUAUGAGAAAAACAUAAUGCAGUAAAUUCAAAAGCACUCAGUUGAGAGAGUGAAACCUCUUGAUGACUUUAAUAGAAGAGGUUGCAGUUGGUCUCUUUGGAAAGGAACUCGAAAACCAUCCAAACUAUCUAUAGAUAGAAUUAACCUGUAACUUUCUGGUAGAAUAUUCAGACUUCUCGUAGACACAACGAUAACUUCUUUUACAAAAAUCAAACUUGUGUUAGAUGUCUUCAUAUUCAGACCCAUGCAAAAUUCAAAUACUUUUUUAAAGUGACCCAGAUGCAGUUUUUUCCCCAGCUGUACAUUUCAGUGACAUAAACACCAAGAUAUGAACUUCACUCUAACCCUUACCCUAACCCAAAUUGUAGUUUAAAUUACUGCAUUGAAUGAAAAGCAUUUUCAAGAUAACAGAUUUCCAUUGUAAAAUAUAUGUUACUUUAGCUGUGCACUUUGCAUUUGUAGGUACUCUGCAAAUGUUAUCAUUGUUUCUAUGCUGAUUCUUUAACAUAGGCUCACAAUAAAGGAACCUCAAAUAUUUUUAGACAUAUUUUUGAGACCAAAAAAAUAUUUACAUCUAUUACAAAUUUCAUACAAUUUUGGGCAUCUAUCUAAAGUUUUGUAUUUAUCUGCCCUCAAAUAUUGACUACGCUUGAUAUUCUAGGUCCAAAACUUGUGAAAUACUUAUUAAAAGUCAGUGAAUUACCAGCCCCCAUCCCCCAAGGUGACUUGUAUCAACUAUAUUUUAAAAGGUACACAAAUGCGGUUUGAUAAAUUUAGUGUAUAAACUUCUUCACCAAGCACCCAAAAAUGAGUGAAAAUCAGCGUUUAUGAAUUGGUCAAAGUUAAAAAGUUUUUUCUAGGUCCAUUAGUCAAAUUAACGAAUAAAUUUAAUGUUAUAGCAUAACAAAAUUAUAAUAAUUUGUAUUAUUAACCUGUAUCCCCUGUAAAUAAAUUGCUAAAGGUUUAUGAAUAGUAACAUAAAAAUCUUGCGAA